AUCGAUCGUAUUCGUCAUAUACGAAGUUGUUUCGACCGUCAACGACAUUUGGCGGGAAACGGAAGCCAUCUUGAAGUAUUUUGAAGCCGUUGAAAUGCGUUUGCGUAUUUGAGAAAAAUGACUUUCUCAAUUGGAAAUGGACGCUAUUGCAAGCUUUUUCCUGGUAAUGCUCCACCGAGACGGGUGCUCAUUGAAGACCUCAGCGAGCCAGGAGUGCUGUCAAGUGCGUUCAUACAAGGGACUGUUGUUAAAGUCUAUCCCAUAAAAUGUUCAGAGAGAUUUGGCAAGCUCUGCAAGAUUUUGCUAAAGGAGGAUGUGGGAAAAUCAUCAAGAAAUUCUCAAUUGGCUGUGAUCAGUACUUUCCUGUUAGGAGAGCUGGCAGAUGAAGGUUCUAGAAUCUGUGAAGGUGACUGUGUGGUGCUAGCAGAAGUGAUUGUUGAAUGUUCUCCAACUGGUAAACACCAGUUCCAGCUUAUUGUGUGGAGACAAAAAUCACAAGCGUCAAUUUGGGUGAUUAAUAACAAAGGAAAGGUGAGGGCAAACACUACAGAAGGAGUGGCAACAACAUCAAUUGAUGAGAUAGAGAAGGCGGAAAUUACAACAAACAACAAACAAACUGCUGACAACUACAUGUAUGAUUUUAGUUCUGACUCAGAUGAAGACCUCUUUGCGUCUUGUGAAAAUGACUUCUCAAAGUCAACAUCCAAAGAUGGAAAAGAAAUCAUUCAGCAAACAAAGCAAAAGGUCUUUGAAAAGAGGAAAGGAAAAUUUCACCUCGGGCCUAGAGGAGUCACACCAUCAACCUCACAUGUAGAAAGAAGUUUUAGUAAUUUGGCUGUCCUACUUGACAAGGGAGAAGCAAAAAUGGCGAUGAAAACUGCGAAUGUUCACUCAAAGGGCAAGUCAAGAAAGGAGAGCUAUGAUUCUUGGAAAAAUAUCAGCCCUGAGACAUAUACAGACACAACAAUUGUGCCGAAUGCUAGUGUACCAAAUGCAGGUUCACGAAAUGCAGGUACACCGUAUUCAGGGACACCAAAUGCAGUUACACGAAAUGUGGGUACACGUACACCAAAUGCAAGUACACCAUAUGAAGGUACAUCAAAUGCAGGUGUACCAAAUGCUCGUUCACCAAACGCUGGUACACCAAAUUCACAGAGACCAAAUGCAGGCACAACAAGUGUAGGUGUUGGGAAUGUAAAUGCAAGCCAUGAAUCACCUGCUUCCAAUCACAUAGCAAGCAUAGCUGUUGAGGCAAGUGGGCAAUCACUGACCAUGUCUCAAAAGUCCGGCCCAGGAAGAGGAACUGGAUCUCUAAACCUUGGCAUACAAAGUACUAGCCCCAAUAAACAGUCCAAUGCACAAUUUCCUCGCAUUGAGUUGACACCCUCCAGGGUGUCGACGGUGUCGACAAGAAUCUGGAAUGGUGGUCCCUCAGCGGGACAAGUGAGAGACAAAUCUCAGAUGUCUGCUGUUUCCAAUGAUUUGCCACAGCUUGGGGCUACACUGGCUGGCUGUUCAUCAUCAAAAAUUUGUGAGGAGGAUAAUAGUCUCAAGAUAGGUGAUUUCCAAGACAAGCCUAGCGAAGAGUCUGUCAUGCCAGAUUUUGAACAAGAGGAACAUGUGUUUACGUCAGCCCGUAGGAUGUCAGUUUCAUCUGAAAUUCACCAUGGAAGUCCCGCUAAAGGAAUGACUGAAAGAAACUCUGGGACUCAUCAUUUGAAAAUUAUAGAUGAGGAUUUAGGAGCUUCGUCUAGUAGAAGGACUUUGAUUCCAGAUGACUACACUCCGGCAUCAAGUCUUUUGGCAAACCAGGACUCUACUGAGAGAGGUGUCAAGAGAUCCCCCGUUCACUUGUCGCUUGAUCCCAAACGUCUGAAAACGUCCGCAGUCCCUUCGCAUCAAGUACCGUUGCCUGACCGAGCUGACAAUACGUUUAGUGAUCGUAGCAGAAAUAGAUCGUCCCGCGCGGGAGCAGAUUAUACCGUGCCGCCCGGUUACACUACCCUCGCUAAUCUACAAGCUGAUACCACGGUGAAUGUGUAUGGCGUUGUCAAACUGUUUAAGCCGGCGUGGAAGUGUCGAGGCACUGAUAUGUGUUCUGUGCUGAUGCUGAUGGAUCCGACCGUCGCUGAAUCCAGCACUGGUCUUGAGUGUGUGUUAUUCCAGCCUAGCGUCUCCCGCCUCCCGGCUGCACACAAGAUCGGAGACAUCGUCCGCCUCCACCGCAUCAAGAUAUCGCAGUACCAGGGGCGGCUUCAAGCCAAGUCUACGCGAGGAUUUGCAGCGAUUGUGUUCGACAGGGAGACCGAGUUGCCGGUGACCGCAGAGAUGGCUCGCGUGUCCAGCUCCACUUUUACCCUGACACAAAGCGAUAAAGAAACCGUGGAAAGUUUGAAAAAUUGGUGCGACGUUCAACCCGUUUUGUUUCCUCCGGGUAACUCAAUUACCCUGUCCCAAAUCAACCCGGACUCUUACUUCGACUUAACUUGCCAGGUUCUUGGCAUCGCGUUGCACCGUACGCUGGAUUGCGUGGUUCUUUACGUGACAGAUGGCACCCAGCCUGUACACGACCUUCGCAAGUGCACAGGCGACGAGUACAACGUGGUCGAACCUCCAUGCAAUCGCUCAAGCCAUGACGACGAUGUAACCUCUGUGUUCUUGUACGGAUCGCACUCUGAAGUGGCCCGCCUGUUGGUGAGGAAGGGUGGAUAUGUCAUCCUCCACAAUGUACAUUCUCAGGUGCUGAAACCGGGCGGGUCUGCUAGCAGCGUACUGGAUGUCGUCAAGCCUUAUCUAGAGUUGUGCGUGCACAGGGGUACAGCUUUUGGGCGCGGUAUCUCUGUUCUGUCCGCCGACUCACCGGAAGUGAACCAGCUGAAAAGGCAACAGAACUUAUGAUUUACUACGACCUAUCCAUGAACGUGGCUCAAUUUCCGCUCUCACGUUGAUUUUUGUGUUUAAAUGUUGUUUUGAUAUAAACGAAUGUACCUGAAAGGUGCCAGUCCGGAAAAUGUUCCUGUUAUUUCAGCUAAAUAAAAUGAUGAUGAUGAUGAGCUGGCAGAAAUAAAAUUGCGUGAAUAAUUUUUUUUUUCUUUAGCAGGUAGCAGGUUCUUAUUCAGUUAUCAGGAUUCGUACGGGUCCUGGAAAACCUGGAAAGUCCUGGAAUUUUGUUGUGGCAUUUUCCAGGACUGGAAAGGUCUGGAAAUCUGUUAAACUCGAGUAAAAAAUUUGAAAUGUAUGGCAGACAGUAAGGAGAAUUAGCAUUGAGAUCUUGGAAGUGAAAGGAUUAAUAUGAAUUUUAGAGUCCUGGAAAAAUCAAUCUGAGUCCUGGAAAAGUCCUGGAAAUUUGUUUCUGAAAAAGGGUACGAACCCUGUCUUAUUCUCUUUUCAAAGUUCGUGCACAAUCCUGUUCAAGGAAGAGAGAGGUGGCCUUGAAAGGGCCGUGUGAGUAAGGUGUUGAUAUUCGUUAUCAUGUGGAAUGGCUUUUCUAUAAAAGCUGUAUAAGCAACUAGAAAUCUAUGUUGAAUAUCCAUGAACGAAGGGAAUGUUAAUUGGAGCAACUGCAAGAAAAAACAAAAACAAAAACAAAAACAAAACAAAACUAGCCUGCGAAUACAGCCGCCUCUCAUUCGCGUCUCAUUGGCGGGAGCGAAUGAGAGGCGGCUGUAUUCGCUGGCUAAAGGAAAACAAACGAAACAAUGAGACUAGCUCCUACUUCCCUCUAAUUGUCGAAAAUUCAUGUUCUGGGAAAUUCUGGGUUUUGUAAUGGAGAUGCUGCAUGUGAUCUUGGAAACGGGGAAUUUUCGCUCCAGUCAACAAAUCCCCGGACAUUUGACUAGCUUGAUCUGCUCUUUCAUACUCCGCCCACUCCCCCCCCCA